AUGGAUCUCAAGCGAUUACGUGGUAUAUUGUUUUGUACAUUAUUUAUUUUGACAUCACUACUUGGAUCUAUUUUUAUAUUAUUUCCGUUUUUGCCAUCUGCAUUUAUUGCUCCAGUUUUGUGGCGUUUUUGUGCUGAUCGAUUUGUCGCUUUUUGGCUAAUCCUUCCUUCGGCAAGUUUUUAUACAUCAAUGUGCGAUUAUAUUUUUGGAAUAAAAUUCCAUGUAACCGGUGAUCUAAUUGAAAAUCACCGAUCAUCGCUAGUAAUUAUGAACCACCGAACUAGGUUAGAUUGGCUGUUUUUCUGGAAUGCGCUUUAUAAAAUGAAUCCUUGGUUACUGAUAACGCACAAAAUCUCGCUCAAAGCUAUAUUAAAGCAGAUCCCUGGUGCAGGUUGGGCUAUGAGCUGUGCAUCAUAUAUUUUUUUGGAACGAAAGUUUGAUCAAGAUAAACAGACAAUUAAUAGACUGGUUGAGUACUAUAAGGCAACCGGUUAUAAUUAUCAGAUACUUUUUUUUCCUGAAGGAACCGAUCGUGGAGCCCAAGCUGUUAAAGUGAGUAAUUAUUUUGCCGAGAAAAAUAACCUUCCCAAGUAUGGUUAUGUUCUACAUCCUCGGACGUCUGGUUUUUCUCAUUUUCUUCAAUUAAUGCGAUCAAAAAACUAUAUUGAUUAUGUGUACGAUGUAACGAUUGGUUAUCCUUACAAAAUUAUUGAAAGUGAAGUGGAUUUACUGAAAACAGGCGAUUUUCCUAGAGCCGUUCAUGUCGAUAUUAAAAAAUACGAUAUACACACUCUCCCAACUGACGAUGAAGAUGUGGCCAGCUGGUUAAGCAAUGUGUGGAAACAGAAGGAAGAUAAGCUUCAAUAUUUUUACAGCAAACCAGCUGAGAAGCGUUUUUUUGAACCAAGUGGCGAACGUAUCAUUUGGCCGGUUUGUUUUUUUUUUUUUUUUUUAAAACUAUUUCUUUUAAAUUCACAUGUAAUUGAGAAUAGUUAG